AAAUAAAUUUCCGGUAAAGAGUCAAGAUGGCUGACGUAGUUAGACUGAUAUGACUGAGGGUCCUAAAAGUUAGAGACAGUAGCAGUCUGAAGUGAGCCCGAGAGGAAAAGAACCGCGGCGAACACCGUGGGAUAUCCCCCAGUGCCACCAGGACUGAGAAAGGCGGCAUACAGCAGCUAAACAGACGCGAAAGCCUGGGAUCAGCAAUCUGAGAAGGACCAGGAGGGAGCCCUGGGCUGCGGAGACUCCAGCGAAAUUUGGCGAGCUAAAUUUGAAAUUCAGGGAGUGAACCUCAGUGAGUCGAGAAAGCAGGAACUCUCACCAUGGCAGGGAAGCCCAUCCUCCACUAUUCCAAUGACCGGGGCAAUAUGGAAUCGAUCCGGUGGCUCUUGGCUGCAGCUGGAGUGGAGUUUGAAGAGGAAUACAUAGAAACUCGAGAAGAUCUGGAAAAGUUAAUGAAUGAUGGAGUGCUGAUGUUCCAGCAAGUGCCCCUGGUUGAGAUUGAUGGGAUGAAGCUGGUGCAGACCCGAGCCAUUCUCAACUACAUUGCCAACAAGCACAACCUCUAUGGGAAAGACAUAAAGGAGAGAGCCCUGAUUGACAUGUAUGAUGAAGGCAUAGCAGACCUGAACCAACUGAUUAUUCGUUACCCAUACUCUGAUCCAGGAGUAAAAGAAGCAACAAUUGCUCAGAUCAAAGAUAAAGCAAGAAAUCGUUACUUUCCUGCCUUUGAAAAGGUGUUGAAGAGCCAUGGACAAGACUACCUGGUUGGCAACCAGCUGAGCAAGGCUGACGUUCGCCUGGUUGAGCUUCUGUAUCAUGUGGAGGAGGUGGACCCCACCAUCAUCACCAGCUUCCCUCUGCUGCAGAUGCGUAUUUGUCCAUCUAAGCAGGUGCCUUCCUUAUGAUUUGCCUCCCUCAGCACUGACUCCAACAAUCAGAUGUUGUAUUCCUCUCUCUCUCCUACUUUCUCUUCCCACAAUCUCUGCCUCAGUGCUCAGUGUUGAAAUCAGUGUAAGUGGCUUCAGGCUAACUUAGUAUUUUCUGUCUUCCAUUCCAACAGUUUUCACUUACCUUCAUUUUCUCCUUUGUAGAAAUUUCUGUGUUUGAAUAUAUGAUACACACAUCUUCCUCAUUGUAUUGCUUAAGAACUAUGAAUGUGCAAUUUUAAAAAAGCAUGAGGAAGACAGUGUUGACAUAAAUUGAAUUACUCCUUAAACAUGGCAUGUGGCAUGAGAGAAUGUUCUUGAACUGUAGGUUUCUCCCCUCAUUGCAUGCUCACUGGGGUUCAUUUCCCAGCCUCCAUGCUGGUGCUGAUGGAGGGGACUCAGUGUUUUUGUGGAGGAGGGCUAGGUCUUCCUGGGCUGUGCUAUUGAUGGCCU